AUGGGUUGGGAAGACACUCCAGCUACACUAUCUCAAGUACAAAAAGUGAAGCUGCAUUCCAUUAUGAAGUGCAUCCAAACCCAAGAAGCACCAGUUAAGCAGCAAGAAGUUCAGAAAAGAAAAAAAAUUUCCUCUAAACCUGCAAACGGCACGCCUAUUCUACCUCUGCCAUCAAAUCAAGUGAAAAAGAUGAAUGUUUUCUGGCUUCACAGAGAUAUUGGUAGUGAACAAUUUUAUAAAAUGAAUGGAGUUAAAAGCAAGGAAAUUCAAGUGGAUAGUGCUAUUAAUUAUUCUGUUAAAGAUAUAACUACCCUUUGCAUAGCAGCUCAUAAAGAUGAAUUCAACGUCAACUAUUUUCAAAAAAGCGAGACAAAAAUAGGAAGAAAAGAUUUUAACUUGAUUGAAGAUUUUGGUUCAGAUGGUUUUUGGGGAUAUUACAAAGCAGCUUAUGCCAAGGCACAUAGACCAAUUUGUCUGUAUUUAUAUACAAUAGCAAAUCAGCCAAAGUCAUCCAAUCAAGUUACGUCUGUUGCAGUUCAAUCUGAAUCAUCAUCAACUCAAUCCAAGGAAAAUUCAUCUUUAUUUUUAAAUGCACUUCCAUCCUGCCAAUCAAUAUUCAAAACUCCAGCGCUUACUAACGAAAUUCCAGUUUCUAUGAAAAGUAAAAUUAAAGAAACAGAUAUAGAAGCUCAUUUGGUUUCCAAUAAAAAACAGAAAAUAUCAAUAGAAGAUGUAGAUGAUGUAAAAGCAGGUAUAGCAGUUGCAGUUCCAAUAGAUUUUUUAAAAUUCACCGAUACAAUCCUUGGAAAGGGAGCAUUUGGUGAAGUAAGAAGAGGGUUUUGGUGCGAAUCAGAGGUGGCAAUUAAGACCUCAGAUCUAUUUCAACAAACGCCAAAGCAAAUAAUAAAAGAAAUCGCAAUAUUAGGAAGAGUUAGGCACAGUAAUAUAGUUUCUCUAAUGGGCUAUUCAAGAAAUGAUAAUGAGUUCCAUAUCAUUAUGGAUUUUAUCGAUGGCUAUUCUCUCCAUGACUUGAUAUUUAAACAAAAUGUUAAAAUUAAAAUGCCGUUAGAGGAGCAAGAUAAGGUAAAAUUAACGUAUCAAAUCCUCUUAGGAAUAGCAUUUCUUCAUCAAUUUCCUCAUCAGAUUCUACACAGAGAUAUUAAACCGGCAAAUGUUAUGGUGACUAAAAAUAAAUUCGUAAAAAUUUGUGACUUGGGUGUGUCCAAACUAAAGCAGUUAAGUACUGAGUUAUUGACAACUCGAGGACAUACCAACUGCGUUGGGAUUCCAUUAUAUAUGACUCCAGAACUAUUUUUAGAUUUUCAAGAAGCUACUGAAUACAGUGACAUUUGGUCACUAGGAUGUACCUUGAUUGAAAUGUACAGUGAAAACCGUGUGUGGCAGCUAGAGUCUAUAAGCAAUCUUAAGGAAGUUUUGAAGAGGCGAUGCAAACCUAGUAUGUUAAGUGUACCAGAAUUUCUCCAAGAAAUAAUCAGUACUAGUUUUAAUUAUGAUGUCAAUUCAAGGCCAAAGGCUUUAAAAAUUUUACAAGUAUUAAAACAAUCUGGUGUAGAAUUGAAGUUAAAUUAA